UUUUUUUUUUUUUAGUUUUUUUUUAUUUAAUUUGAAUUUGGAAAAAGUCAAGUGAUAUUUGUCAAAGUGGAGUUCACGCAAGAUCAGCACGACCAACCGGAUCACCACCACUUCGUCAGCCUUCACCACACGAACCCACACCACAAGAUGUCGGACGACGGCAAAGGUUACGUCCUCUCGCCGGAGGAGGAGGAAUGCCUCAAGGACCGCAAGUGGUGGUGCUUCCUCCUGUCCAGCAUCUUCACCUUCCUGGCCGGCCUCACGAUCGUCCUCAUCUGGCGCGGCCUGUCCAUGAUCUGCUGCCGUAAAGACGCUUCGCCCGAGUACAGCCAGAGUGACCUCAAGCAGCAGAACCUGCCCAAACCGCCGCGCCAAGCCAAGGAGGAGUUCGAAGGCACUUUCGUCACCGACGCCAAAGACUGGGCCGGCGAGCUCAUCUCCGGACAGACCACCACUGGACGCAUCCUGGUGGUACUCGUGUUUGUACUGAGCAUCGCGUCCCUCAUCAUUUACUUCAUCGAUGCAUCCAGCGAGGGUGUCGAACAAUGCAAGGAGUGGUCGAGCAACAUGACGCAGCAGAUCGACCUCGCCUUUAAUAUAUUUUUUAUGGUCUACUUUUUUAUCAGAUUCAUCGCCGCCAGCGAUAAAUUGUGGUUCAUGUUGGAGAUGUACUCUUUCGUCGACUACUUCACGAUACCUCCCUCGUUCGUGUCCAUCUACUUGGACCGGACAUGGAUCGGUCUUCGAUUUCUUCGUGCUUUGAGGCUGAUGACAGUGCCGGAUAUCCUGCAGUACCUUAACAUUCUCAAGACAUCCAGUUCCAUCCGCCUGGCCCAGCUGGUCUCCAUCUUCAUUUCUGUUUGGUUGACGGCCGCCGGAAUCAUCCAUUUGCUGGAGAAUUCCGGAGACCCGCUCGACUUUAACAACCCGCAUCGGUUGUCCUACUGGACCUGCGUCUACUUUUUGAUCGUGACCAUGUCGACGGUCGGCUACGGCGAUGUCUACUGUGAAACGAUCCUAGGUCGGACGUUUUUAGUUUUCUUUCUACUCGUCGGCUUGGCCAUCUUUGCCAGUUGUAUCCCUGAAAUUAUUGACCUGAUCGGCACUAGACCCAAAUACGGAGGCACGCUGAAGAAUGAACGUGGACGCAGGCACAUCGUCGUCUGCGGGCACAUCACCUACGAGUCAGUGUCGCACUUCCUCAAGGAUUUCCUUCACGAGGAUCGAGAAGACGUCGACGUCGAAGUCGUUUUCCUUCACAGAAAGCCACCAGACCUGGAGCUUGAGGGUCUUUUCAAGCGACAUUUUACCACCGUGGAAUUUUUCCAGGGCUCCAUAAUGAACCCUAUUGACCUGCAGCGCGUCAAGGUCCACGAAGCCGACGCCUGCUUGGUCUUGGCCAACAAAUAUUGCCAGGAUCCGGACGCCGAGGACGCUGCCAACAUCAUGCGAGUCAUUUCCAUCAAGAAUUACUCGGACGACAUUCGAGUCAUCAUCCAACUGAUGCAAUAUCACAACAAGGCUUACUUGCUGAACAUUCCCAGUUGGGACUGGAAACGCGGCGACGACGUCAUUUGCCUGGCCGAACUCAAGUUGGGAUUCAUAGCCCAAAGUUGCUUGGCUCCGGGAUUCUCCACCAUGAUGGCCAAUUUAUUCGCCAUGAGAUCGUUCAAAACCUCACCGGAUACGCAAAGGUGGCAAAACGACUACCUUCAGGGUACCGGAUGCGAAAUGUAUACGGAAUCCUUGUCUCCCUCCUUUGCUGGCAUGAUAUUUCCUGAAGCUUCCGAAUUGUGCUUCACCAAGCUCAAGCUGCUUUUGCUGGCCAUCGAGCUCAAGUCCGAGGACGGACUCGAUUCCAAGAUAUCCAUCAAUCCCCGCGGAGCCAAGAUCUCCUCAAACACCCAAGGAUUCUUUAUCGCCCAGUCGGCCGACGAAGUUAAACGAGCCUGGUUCUACUGUAAAGCCUGCCACGAAGACAUCAAAGACGAAACACUCAUCAAGAAGUGCAAGUGCAAGAACUAUGUGGGCUUUAUGAUGGUUCAGUCGGGACUAUUCGGAUUAACGUCCCAGAAUCAAGAAUCAAACGUGGCCGUCUUCCGGAAAGGUGUUCGUGCUGUACAAGUCAUCGGUCGCGCAAGUGCGGAUUACUCCAUCUGCGACAAUGACCAUGUGACUCCUCAGUUUACGCCUCCAGAGUUGCCAAAGCGGGUGCAUGUCAGAGGUGAAUUGUUGCGGGAUGACGAUCCACGAUCUCCGCUGCACAAUCAACACAACGCAGCCACUACGCCGCUGCUAUCGGCCGUCAACAAGACCCACAGCAGCACCAACAGGGCCAUGAACAAGCUGACGGGCAACUCGUCGUCCGCCCGCGCCGCCAUCGACGGCGGCCAUUCCCCGUCGCCCGAUUUCAACAUAAGGUCCAAGGAGGACAGUUCCUAUGCUGGUUAUCACCUAUCAUAUGAAGUGAAAAAACUCAUGCCGACCAGUCGAGGAUCCGCCGGCAACGGGUCACACAACACGGGCAUCGCCGACGACCAAGCCCGCGAUUUCGAUUUUGAAAAGACGGAAAUGAAAUACGAUUCGACGGGAAUGUUUCACUGGUCGCCAGCUCGCUCCCUGGAAGAUUGCAUACUGGAUCGCAAUCAAGCGGCCAUGACGGUGCUGAACGGUCACGUCGUCGUCUGCCUCUUUGCCGACCCGGACUCGCCGUUGAUCGGAUUGCGCAAUUUGGUCAUGCCUCUGCGGGCCUCCAACUUCCAUUACCACGAGCUGAAGCAUGUGGUCAUCGUCGGCUCCGUCGACUACAUCCGACGCGAAUGGAAAAUGCUUCAAAACCUGCCCAAAAUUUCAGUGCUCAAUGGAUCACCGCUGAGUCGAGCCGACUUGCGGGCCGUCAACGUCAACUUGUGCGACAUGUGCGUCAUCCUGUCGGCCAAAGUGCCCAGCAACGAUGAUCCCACCCUGGCCGACAAGGAGGCCAUCUUGGCAUCGCUCAACAUCAAAGCCAUGACAUUCGACGACACCAUCGGCGUUCUAUCGCACAGUAAUAGCGGCCGGGAAGCGCUGACGCCCAUCGGCAGUCCCAUCGUUCUCCAGCGGAGAGGAUCUGUCUACGGCGCGAACGUUCCCAUGAUCACGGAAUUGGUGAAUGAUAGCAACGUGCAGUUUUUGGACCAAGAUGACGACGACGAUCCGGAUACGGAGCUCUACCUCACUCAGCCAUUCGCUUGCGGAACUGCGUUCGCUGUCAGCGUGCUCGACUCUCUCAUGUCGACGACCUACUUCAAUCAAAAUGCUCUCACACUCAUUCGGUCGCUCAUCACUGGCGGGGCCACUCCCGAACUUGAGCUCAUUCUAGCCGAAGGAGCCGGCCUGCGAGGUGGAUACAGCACGCCGGAAACACUUGGUGAACGGGACCGCUGUCGGGUGGGCCAGAUCUCACUCUACGACGGACCUUUGGCCCAAUACGGCGAGGGUGGCAAGUACGGCGACCUUUUCGUUGCCGCACUUCGAAACUACGGCAUGUUGUGUAUAGGAUUGUACAGGUAUAAAAGAAUUUCAUUCAUUCCCAGAGCUAAUAUUUUAAAUCCAUUUAAAUUUGAUUCGACUCUGGUCGGAUCCAUCAGGUUUAGAGAUACGAGUUCAUCGGUCGAUGCUUCAUCCAAGCGCUACGUCGUUACCAAUCCUCCUGAUGAUUUCACUUUACUACCCACAGAUCAGGUCUUCGUCCUGAUGCAGUUCGAUCCCGGCCUCGAAUAUCAGCCCAACCGAGGAGAACAACAUGGCCGCGAGGGAAACUCCUGACUCUUGCUCUGUAGCGCCCUCACCGAUGGUCCUUAUUCUUACAUUUGAAAUAGUCGAAAAUUCAAUAAUAAUAAUAAUAAUUAAUUGCAAAUUAUCAGAAAAGAAAAAACAGUUUUAAAAAUAAUAAGCAACACAUUUUUCAAAAAAACUAAACAACACACAACGGAGCAAAACAAACAAAAAAAAGAUUCUCGCGGACAGCGUGCUGCGCUUCGAUUGGCCUCUUUUCAAAAAUUUUCUCUUUGAAUAUCAUCCAACUUCCUUGACUCCCCUUAUCGCUUCUCGAUGAUGGAAAAGCCUCCCCCGCCCAACAACCAGUGACUCCCGGUGAAUUUCUGAGCUUAGCCCACCACCAUCUUGUUGUUGUCACGACACACUCACACACACACACUCCUCUUUUGAUAUGCAAAGAAGAAAAAAGAAGAAAAGGACCCGUUUCCUAAAGACUCAAUCAAAGCUCCAAAGCGAAAUGAGAGAGAGAGAGAGAGAGAGAGAGAAAUGAAACGGGGGUUGGGUUCGUUAUUAGGGAUUGAAAUUGACUCUAUGGCGACCUCCAUAUAUCCAACGAUUGUUGAACUGUGAUACCUUGUAAGAAAAAAACAAAACAAAAUUUAACCAAAAAUGAAAAAAAUAACUGGCCAAGCGCAGACUACGUACCCAGAUGUUACCGCAAAACAAAAAAGAACCACACCCAUUUCUGGUCAAAUAAGUUGCUCCUAAAAAUCCCUCCCUCAAAGUAAACAAAAAAAAAUCCUGUUUGCAAGAUUGCCACUAUUUGGUUUCUUUUUAAAAUUUAAACUUAACACAGUCAAACUGCAGCAAUUUUUGUUCCACACCAAAGAAAAAACAAUUUGUUUUUUAGAUUUAAAUUUCAUUUCGAAAUUCAUGGCAUUGUCCCCAUGUUUAUUCAAACCAUCGUGAGGUGCUCUACAGGCGAAAGAAUUUGAAUUCUUUGAUUCGUUGGCAUUUGUUAUACCGAGCUAAAACAAAAAUGAGGCUAUACGAUUUAACGACAUGAAAAACAAAAACAAAUAACCUAAUAGCCGUCUGAAGGAGUCAUUCAAUUGUUACGACUGUUUGACAGCUUCUUGCUGGUUCCACUAAUAUGCAAAUACUUUGGUUUGUCUGUUUGUGUGUGAAUGAAGGGUCGACUGUUGAAGGGCCAGCUCUUGAUAAUUAUUGAUGAGGGGAUAGCAAAACAAAAACAAAAAUUGUUCUUUUUUUCCCCCCGUGUGUUGUUUGUUGUUGCUCUGAUUGAACUGAUUGACUGGGCGGACACUUUGAUCCGCCGCAAAUUGAUUUCUCUUUUCUCCCCUCCGUGUAUAAUAAUAAUAUAAUAGGCGGGCAGGUUGAUUUUUCUGGGCCUCUCCUGACAAAAUUAGGGUUCUUUAUCCGACAAAAAAGGAAAAACCUUGUACUUGGUUGUAUUUUCUCUCUUUUCUAUCUUUAAUUAUCGACCUUGUUCACACACGAAAAGCAUUUCAUGUUCAGAGAGAUGAGGCACCGCUCGAUUAAAAGUAGUCUACUCGUGCGACGACAUUAAACAUAAAUAGCUGCCCCCCUCGUGAAAAAGAAAAAAAACACUAACCAAAUUACGAAACACUGCUGUAGCCUCUGUAUACUCUUUUGCUAUUUCAUUUUUAUUCGUUUGAUUUUCGUGAGAGCCGAAGCAAAAAAAAAAAAAAAGGUUCCGAAAAUGUCA